AUGUUGAGCAAGACGGCGAAGGAAGGCAAGACAUCGUAUCGAAUCCGCCACAAGCCUUCCAACAAAGCAUCUAAAUCGCCGCUAGUCGUGAAUGGAUAUGGUGUUGAACUUCAGCUCAAGCGAACAGACUACAUCGUCAUCGACGACAGACAGAAGGACGAGAGUCAACCCAGCGGACAGAAGCCGCUCGUCACCGGCCUAGAUGAAGACCAAGAAGUUGCGGACCUCAAACCCUUGUCCAAAGAUGAGGUCUCCGAUCUUGGUGUGAAAGCUGCCAGCUUUGUAAUGAAGAGCGACCAGCCCAUGGACACGCUUCUCAAGCUCGUACAGGACUUCCCAAAGUACUCCUCCAUCAUCGCUGGCCAAAACGUGUCGGAGAGCUUCCUGGAAGAGCAUACCAAGAACCGAGAAUUCCUUCUUCCUACUGGAUUCAACAUGAUCUGGAUCAAUGGCGUUCAGAUACCAGCACGAGAUGUGAACCCAUACUCUUUACUUUCACACCUUAGACGCGAGCGAACUUUGAUUAACGGCAUACGCAGCCAGGGUCUCUCUGCACCAGACGUUGUUGCACUUCUUUCACACGAAGCUAUUGCUGCAACUCAGACUCAAGAUGAACCUCAACGAUAUGAUUUCAGAGACGAAAUUGAAGGCGGCAAUGUGAUCAUGUAUCUGAACGAUAUUGAAAAGGAUGACAGAUACGAGAGUUGGCCCACUGACCUUCGAGCGGUAAGCCAAUUGCCCUCUGUCAGGCGCGAUAUACACAACGCCAUCGUUCCCAUUGACUUCACCUCUAUCGAUGAUGUCACUACCAUCGUCGACACGAUCUUGAGCUUGGUACAGAGAGGUAUCCCGUUAAGGUGGGGUCUCGUGCCCCAGAUCUUGACCGACGGCGCUCUAGAGCAAGCAAAGGUCAUCUAUUACCUACAGGAUGCCUAUGGGAUUGCUGGUGUAACAAGCUAUCUCCAAGAUUCACUCAAUAACAAAAAUCUUGCAUCACCCGACAAGAACGCUUUUGCUUCGGUUAUCAAAGACGGACAACUCGUUGCCGAUCGCGAAGCGCUAGAGCUUACUGAAGUACUCAAGUCGGAAGAGGUACUCAAAAGAGCAGAAGCAGCGAAGCAGUACCUGAAGCGUCUCGCUGCAAAUGUACCAAAUGCCCCGGUAUUUGUCAACGGUGUGCCAGUCGCUCAAACAGAUGAGUGGCUCGGUGUCCUCAGCCAGCGAAUUGGAUCGGAUCUUCGCCAGAUUCAGCAGAACGUAUUCAAUGGCGUCUUCAACGAGGACAGCUGGGUGCCCCAGUUCUUCCUGUUGCAGGCCUCCGCAAGGCGUAACCCCUUCAUCGUGCCGGAGAACGAGAAGAACAUCACACUCAUCAACAUGGCUGAGUUUGAGCAGGCUCACGGGGAGAACUUUGGCAAGAUGCCUCGCAUCAAAGCUGCGGAAUCUGCAAGCAAGAGCGACUGGGUUCAUAUUACAGUCCUUGGUGACUUUGAUUCUCCUUCUGGACUGGCACUGCUGAAGUCUGCUGCCACCUACCGCGAAGAAAACCCGAAUGCGGAGAUUGUCUUAAUUCACAACGCAAAUGCCGACUCCGAGCGCAACACCUCUGAUGAUCUCCUCAAAGCAUUUACCGAGUCGAAUGGUGAUUUUACUACAGAGGCACUGUCGGCAUUGUUAGACAAGACGUCUGACUCCCGACCUGUUACGGAAGAAUCAAAGGCGUUCUGGAAGUCCGCAUCGCCAAUACUUGAGGUAUUCACGUUGAAGCCAGGACAGAACGCAAUUAUUGUCAAUGGUCGCCAAGUUGGACCCAUUCCAGACGAUCUUGAAUUCUCAAAAGAUGACAUUGAGACACUUGUCACGUACGAGACGAACAAGCGGACUGAACCUCUGAGCCUUGCCCUCACCGACCUCGACCUCACCUCUAAACUUUCUACACCCUUUGAUGUUGCCAAGAUUCAAUCACUUGUCACGCUAUCCACUAUCUCUGAUGUGCCAGACGGCAUUUUUGAGUCUGCAUCUACACUGCGCAUGAGCAAGUUCAAUAACUGGACUACCGAGCACACUGCGAUCAUCAAGGGCGACUUCGACAAUGCUGUAUUCCAGAUUGUCGCUUCCAUCGACCCAGCCACUGAGCAAGCACAGAAGUGGAUUCCCAUCCUGAAGACACUCAGCGACAUGAAUGGUGUCCAUCUCAAGCUGUUCCUGAACCCCAAGCAAAUGCUCCAGGAGCUUCCGAUUAAACGGUUUUACAGGUAUUUGCUUGAUGCGAGACCAACCUUUAACGAAGACGGCUCGACUGGUAGUCUCGAAGCCGAGUUCUCUGGUAUUCCGAAAGAAGCAUUGCUCAAUCUGGGCAUGGACGUACCGCCGCCGUGGUUGGUUGCUCCAGAAGAGUCAAUCCAUGAUCUUGACAACAUUAAGCUAAGCACGCUUCCUGCUGGAAAGAAUAUCAAUGCUAUCUACGGUUUAGAAAGCAUCUUGAUUGAAGGACACUCUCGCGACACUACCCUUGGCGGUCAGCCACCUAGUGGAGCUGAAGUUGUCCUUGCGACUGAGAAGGACCCUCACUACGCCGAUACCAUCAUCAUGGCCAACCUUGGGUACUUCCAGUUCAAGACCAACCCAGGCUUCUACAACAUCAGGCUCAAGACCGGUCGCUCGCAGGAGAUAUUUAGCCUUGACAGCGCAGGCCCCAAGGGUUGGGCACCGCAGCCGGGUGACGAGACCACCGAGAUUGCGUUGAUGAGCUUCCAGGGCGCAACAAUCUUCCCUCGUCUUUCUCGCAAACCUGGUCAGGAAAUGGCAGAUGUUCUUACUCCAGAUGAGUCACUCGCCUCCGAACUCGUUGGCAAGGGUACAGAAAAGGUCAACAAGCUUCUAGGCAAGCUCGGCCUGAACUUUGACUCGCAAAAGGUCCUUGACAAGGGCGCCGAACUGCUUGGUAGCAAGUCUAAGAAGAAGGGCACCCAAGCCGAUAUCAACAUCUUCUCCGUCGCCUCAGGCCAUCUCUAUGAGCGCAUGCUCAAUAUCAUGAUGCUUUCUGUCAUGAAGCACACCAAGCACAGCGUCAAGUUCUGGUUCAUUGAGCAAUUCCUGUCGCCGUCGUUCAAGUCUUUUCUUCCACACAUGGCCGCCGAAUACGGUUUCGAAUACGAGCUCGUCACCUACAAAUGGCCACACUGGCUGCGCAGCCAAACCGAAAAGCAGCGCGAGAUAUGGGGUUACAAGAUCCUCUUCCUAGACGUCUUGUUCCCACUUGAUCUCGAAAAGGUCAUCUUUGUCGACGCCGAUCAGAUCGUCCGCACAGAUAUGUACGAACUCGUCACUCACGAUCUAGAGGGCGCACCCUACGGAUUCACACCUAUGGGUGACAGUCGUACAGAAAUGGAGGGCUUCAGAUUCUGGAAGACAGGCUACUGGGCCAACUUCCUGCGUGGAAGACCGUACCAUAUCUCCGCGUUGUAUGUCGUUGAUCUCGUCAAAUUCCGCCAACUCGCAGCCGGCGACCGCCUCCGUCAACAAUACCACCAACUCUCGGCCGAUCCAAACUCUCUCUCCAACUUGGACCAAGACUUGCCCAACAAUAUGCAGUUCAACCUCCCGAUCCAUUCGCUGCCGCAGGAAUGGCUGUGGUGCGAGACGUGGUGCAGUGAUGCAGAUCUGGAAAAGGCAAAGACGAUUGAUCUUUGCAACAACCCCAUGACCAAGGAACCAAAGCUCGACCGCGCCAGACGCCAGAUUCCAGAGUGGAAUGUGUACGAUGAGGAAGUGGGUGCUUUGGCGCGCAGAGUCAAGGGCGAAAAGGCGAAGGAGGAAGCGGUGGUGGAUGUCCAGGCCGAAGAGCAGGUCAGAGAGAAGAAGGAGAAGGACGAAGAGAGGAGAAGGGAUGAGCUGUAGACGCAUGCAUGUAUGGAAUGUUUAGACGAGCAGCUAUAGACAACCCUCAAUCGCCUUCCUU